AUGGGCGUCGCGCUUCUGCACGACAUUUUGGCUCUUUCAGAGUUAGCGACGCUCAAGUCAGUUUUGAGCGUAGCAGUCUUGCCGGUAGAGACGCUGGUGUCUAUGCUCUAUUGGACUGUGCUAGCCAUCGAUCCAGAUCUCCUCGUCCCUCCGAGAUUGACCGACGAUCCCAACAACCCCGGUCAGGUGAUCAAAGAGAGCAUCCGCUUGCCACUUAGCGCAGACCUGGCCAUGCACGCCGCACCCGCCGUCUUUCUUCUCGCUGUGAGUAGCAGCAGCGGGGCUAAUUGCAAAAUCUCCGGCAAGCCGCUGCCUUACAAGUGCUAGGACGCUGUCAUUUGCAGGACUUUUUGCUGGUAUCGCCUCCCUUCCCAAAGAAGGUGCGACCUGCUUUCGUAUCUGGCAUAGCCACGGUCGCCUACUGCGUAUGGUGCGAACGAUGCGCAGCAGUGAAUGGGUGAGUCUUUGCUGAAAGUGCACUUUCGAAAUGACGCAGUCCGGCAAUUGGCUCAUCGGCAUCACGUCUUCACCAUGACGCCACUGUUCUGCUUCCCCCCCUAGCCACUAUCCUUACCCGCUCCUGGGCUUGCUGUCCCUGUGGCCUAGACUGGGGCUGUAUGCAGGCUGCAGUGUGACGAUGGUGCUUGUGCUGGGCGCCGUGCGCACCAUCCACUCCGCAUUAGAUCGACGGUACAAGAGGGUGUGGGAUGACACUGUUGCAGAAACCAUCGCAGGCAAGGUGGGCGAGCUCUCCAAGAAGCACAAGUAG